CAAAUCUGUAGAAAUCAGUAGAAAUCAUGAGGACCGCCGCCGUCAUUAUCCUGACCCUUUUCGUGGCCAGCGGAUGGGCCCAGCCGCUGGAGCUUCCCGGCCAGCUUCCCGCCCAGCUGGACGCCGAGGUGCACAGCGUGGUGGACGAGAUGACCGAGAUUGGCAAGUCCACCGGCUUGGCCCUGAUCCAGCAGUACGAUGAGAUCGUCCGGGAGCCGCAGCAGGAGCUGGAGGCUGCCCUCGACCAGGUGGAGUCGCGUCGCCAGGAGAGUCCCGAGUGCGUUGCCGCCGAGGAUGAGCAGAUCGCCCGCAUUGUGGAUGCCGCCCAUGAGGAGUUGCACUCCUGCGGCAUUGUUGCCGCCCAGACAUCCGCCGAAAUCGCCACCGAUGUGAGCGCCGCCACCCAGCAGUUGGUCUAUGGGGGCUACAACGUGGCCAGCACCUACAACAAGUGCCAGAGCUACAAGAACUCCGUCCUCAAGAAGAGCUGCAUGACCAAGUUCUACGUCCAGGCCACCCUCUAUCUGGUCAGUGCCCGCUCCUCCGUCAAGACCAUCAAGAAGUCCACCAGCGAGCGCAUCCCCGCCGUCUUCGUCGACGGCAACGCCUGCACCCACUCCGCAUCCUCGCAGGCGGUGCUCGGCCUCCAGGAGGUCAGCAGCCACAUCGACGCCUGUGUCUCCCGACGCCGCUAGGUCAUGCACCAAGUCAGCUAAUUGUUUAACGCUAAUAAAAAUUAUGGAUAUUCUGUGCAAAAAA